AUGGCCAUGGCACCAGCAUACGAAGGAAACCUUCCAGCAUCACCAGAAUGGCUAAACAAAGGAGACAACGCAUGGCAGAUGACAGCAGCCACACUUGUUGGGCUCCAAAGCAUGCCGGGACUGGUGAUUCUCUACGCCAGCAUAGUGAAAAAGAAAUGGGCUGUGAAUUCAGCUUUCAUGGCACUUUACGCUUUUGCGGCGGUUUUAAUCUGCUGGGUACUUGUGGCUUACAGAAUGGCUUUUGGUGAAAAGUUGUUACCCUUUUGGGGUAAAGGAGGACCUGCUUUAGGACAGAAGUUUCUGGUUAGAAGAGCAAGAGUACCUGCGAGUACUCAUUAUUACAAGAAUGGUCGUGUUGAGACAGAGAUGGAAGAACCGUUUUUCCCUAUGGCUUCACUUGUGUAUUUUCAGUUUACUUUUGCGGCGAUUACUAUGAUUUUGUUGGCGGGUUCGGUUCUUGGGAGGAUGAAUAUUAAAGCUUGGAUGGCUUUUGUUCCUCUUUGGCUUGUUUUUUCUUAUACUGUUGGUGCUUUUAGUCUUUGGGGUGGGGGGUUUCUUUAUCAUUGGGGUGUUAUUGAUUACUCUGGUGGCUAUGUUAUUCAUCUAUCUUCUGGGAUUGCUGGUUUCACUGCUGCUUAUUGGGUUGGACCAAGGAUAAAGAGUGACAGGGAAAGGUUUCCACCAAACAAUGUGUUGCUGAUGCUUGCGGGAGCUGGAUUGUUAUGGAUGGGGUGGUCAGGGUUCAAUGGUGGAGCACCAUAUGCAGCAAAUGUUGUAUCUUCAAUUGCUGUGUUGAACACAAACAUUUGUGCAGCAACUAGUCUUCUUGUUUGGACAACUCUUGAUGUUAUUUUCUUUGGGAAGCCUUCUGUGAUUGGAGCUGUUCAGGGUAUGAUGACUGGACUUGUGUGUAUCACACCAGGAGCAGGUCUUGUGCAAUCGUGGGCAGCUAUUGUGAUGGGAAUACUAUCAGGGAGCAUUCCGUGGGUAUCCAUGAUGAUCUUGCAUAAAAAAUCAAGUCUUCUACAAAAGGUUGAUGACACUCUUGGAGUAUUUCACACGCAUGCUGUGGCUGGCCUAUUAGGCGGCCUCCUCACCGGACUCUUGGCCGAGCCGGCCCUAUGUCGAUUAGUAUUGCCGGUGACCAAUUCGAGAGGUGCAUUCUAUGGUGGAAGUGGUGGUGUACAAUUCCUAAAGCAAUUAGUGGCAGCCAUGUUUGUUAUUGGAUGGAACAUAGUCUCCACCACAAUCAUUCUCCUUGUUAUACAAUUGUUCAUACCUUUGAGAAUGCCCGACGAGCACCUCGAGAUCGGAGACGAUGCGGCUCACGGUGAGGAAGCUUAUGCUCUUUGGGGUGAUGGAGAAAAAUAUGAUCCAACUAGGCAUGGCUCCUUAAAUCCUGGUACCACUGGAGUUUCACCUUAUGUUAAUGGUGCAAGAGGUGUGACAAUAAAUUUGUGA